AUGACCAAUAUCACAUUAUCGACGCCCGAUACUACAUUUACAGAAAGCACCACACACAGCCAGAUCAUCGUACCCCUCGCUAUCCUCGGUCUCACAUCUCAUGCGUUCUUCAUUCGCUACCAUGAUGUCGACAGGCUAGUAGGAAAAUUAUUUCUUCCGUAUAUUUGCGUUCAAUUUGCCUUUUGGCUAUGGUUGUCCACCUACGACGGAGUUUUGCAUUCAGCCAUUUUCAUAGGACUCGCCAAUGCGAGCUUCUUCGCUUCGCUAUUUACUAGCAUCUCUAUCUAUCGCUUCUUUCGCCAUCCAAUAAAAUCAUUCCCAGGCCCUAGCCUGGCGCGACUGACAUCGUGGUGGGGAGUUUACAAGCUUACGACAGGUUCACAGCGAUACGAGCUUCAUGAUGACCUACAUCGUCAAUAUGGACAGAUAGUACGAAUCGGUAAUUUAGACGCCGUGGCAGCUUUUUAUGGAGCCGGUACUAAAUGCGGGAAAUCGAACACGUUCUACGGUUUGCGCGACGCAAAGAGCUUGCAGCUAGAGCAAUCGAUUGUAAAACAUCGAGUUCGCAGGCCGGUAUGGGACAAGGCGUUUAGCGCCAAGAAAUGCCUGGAUUAUCUCCCAAAACUGUAUCACCAUGUCGAUUUAAUGAGUAGCUGCAUUGCCAAAGCAGCUGAACAGGGCGAAAAAGGCGUCCUAAUAAACCACUGGCUCAAGGGCUUUGCUUUCGACACGGUCGGCUCCCUAGGAUACAGCAAAUCAUACAACUGUCUGGAAUCGGGCAAACUGCACCCGGCAAUUACGGAUUUUGAGAAAUUUAUGGCUGCAGGAACGACCCUAGCCGCACUUCCAUGGCUAAUGAGAAUCAUAAUUAGUCUCCCGGGUCUACCGAAUCCGCAGCAGGCUUUCAUAGAUUUUGCAGAAGAGACUCUUGCCGAGCGGAAAGCUUCCGGUAUCAACUCACCAGACGUGCUAUCUUAUAUAUUCCAAAAGAGGAAAAUCGCUUUGAGCUAUGCGGAGGAAAUUGAAGAUAUGAUUAUGCUAGUUCUCGCUGCUGGUGACACAACUAUUUCUGCUUUGACCUUUAGCAUGUAUUAUCUUGCUAUCAAUCCCGAAAUACAGCGGUCGCUUCGGGAGGAGAUCAAGGCUGCCAAUGCGGAUGUUGUGAAUUUGAAGUGGGAGGAUAUUCAGGCGCUUCCGUUGUUGACGGGCGUUAUUGACGAGACGCUACGAAUGCAUCCUCCUGUGCCAUCUGGGUUGCCACGCCUUACGCCUCCUGAGGGAAUUUAUCUUGGGGAGACUUAUAUACCUGGAAAUGUCAGUGUUAGCUGCCCAACCUGGACUAUCCAGCGUGAUCCUGAAAACUUCACCGACCCACACACUUGGGACCCAAACCGCUGGAUCAAUCCUCCAGAGAAUCACAAUCCGAAAGCUUUUUUCCCAUUUAGUCUAGGCCCGUUCAGCUGUGUUGGAAAGGUCUUUGCUUAUAUGGAGAUGAAGCAAGCCCUCGCUAAGUUGGUCACUACCUUUGAAUGGGAGUUGGCACCAGGAGAAGAUGGAACCGGGGUGCUCUAUGAGAGCAAAGAUCAUACAGCCAUGUCUUGUGAAGCCUUGUGGUUGACUAUGAGUAGAAUCUAG